GCAGCCAUUGCGCGUGAUGCAAUUGAAGUGCUAACACCUCGUACCGCUCGAGUUUUCAGCCAGCAGUUGAUCGCCAAUCACCAAAAAAAAAACCACACCAUCAUCAUCAUCGCCCAGCGGAUUCAUCAGCAGCGUGGACACAUUCUGUACUUCUUCUUUUUUUUUUUUGGUUCAAUCGCGUGUGUGAAAAAUCCCACUCCUUGCGGCUGCGAUUUUGGCAAGUGAACACAACCACAAGUGAACAGCCACCGAAAACCACCGUCAAAUACAAAAAAAACACAAACUGUGAAAGUGCAAAAACACACUGAAAAACACUCGCUAAAGGAUUAACGUGCAAUAUAAACGAAGCAAAAGCUAAGGCCGCCAAGCAAUCGCAGAGGAAUCAGAAGACGAGAAGAUUUGAGCAGAAGCAAAGAAGAAGACGCGUCUUCAGCCAAGAAGAAAUCGAAAGCAAAUCAGAACGCAGAAUGCAGUCAGCCGAGAGUAGGAGAAAUCCCAACCGAUUGUCGGCGCACAUGGGUCUCCACCUGGGUCCCCUGGUGAUCUUGGUCCUUCUGGUGGCUCUGCCCGGCCAAAUCCAUGCCCGGAUGGCCUUCGAGAAGCUGACGGACUUUGAUUUCCCCGGCAACACAUACUACAGCGUGAAGAACCUCUCGCUGUACGAAUGCCAGGGAUGGUGUCGCGAGGAAGCGGACUGCCAGGCGGCGGCCUUUAGCUUCGUGGUGAAUCCACUGUCGCCCUCGCAGGAGACCCACUGUCAGCUGCAGAACGACUCGUCGGCGGCCAAUCCGUCGGCAGCUCCCCAGAGGAGCGCCAACAUGUACUACAUGGUCAAGUUGCAGCUGCGCAGCGAGAAUGUCUGCCAUCGUCCGUGGAGCUUCGAGAGGGUUCCCAACAAGGUGAUCCGUGGCCUGGACAAUGCCCUGAUCUACACCAGCACCAAGGAGGCCUGCCUGUCCGCCUGCCUCAACGAACGUCGCUUCGUCUGCCGGUCGGUGGAGUACGACUACAACAACAUGAAGUGUGUGCUCAGCGACUCCGAUCGUCGCAGCUCGGGUCAGUUUGUCCAGCUGGUCGAUGCCCAGGGUACGGAUUACUUUGAGAAUCUCUGCCUGAAGCCCGCGCAGGCCUGCAAGAACACACGCUCGUUUGGCAAUGCCCAGAAAAUGGGCGUCUCCGAGGAGAAGGUGGCCCAAUAUGUGGGUCUGCAUUACUACACCGACAAGGAGCUCCAGGUGACCUCCGAGUCCGCGUGCCGUUUGGCCUGCGAAAUUGAAUCCGAGUUCCUGUGCCGCUCCUUCCUGUACUUGGGUCAACCGCAGGGCGCCCAGUACAAUUGCCGGCUGUAUCACUUGGAUCACAAGACCCUGCCCGAUGGUCCCUCCACUUAUCUGAAUCACGAACGGCCGCUGAUCGAUCAUGGCGAGCCCAUUGGCCAGUACUUUGAGAAUCAGUGCGAGAAGGCAGCCGGCUCGGGAGCUGGAACUCCACCAGGAACGCUGGACAAGAUCGACACCCUGCCCGUUAGCCUGGACACCAUCGAGGAUCCCAAUCUGACCAACUUGACGCGCAACGAUGUCAACUGCGACAAGACGGGAACUUGCUACGAUGUUUCUGUUCACUGCAAGGACACCAGGAUUGCCGUCCAGGUGCGCACCAACAAGCCCUUCAAUGGACGCAUCUACGCCUUGGGACGCUCGGAGACCUGCAACAUUGAUGUGAUCAACUCGGACGCCUUCCGUUUGGAUCUGACCAUGGCCGGGCAGGAUUGUAACACACAGAGUGUGACUGGUGUCUACUCCAACACGGUGGUUCUGCAGCAUCACAGCGUGGUGAUGACCAAGGCGGACAAGAUCUACAAGGUCAAGUGCACAUACGACAUGAGCUCCAAGAACAUCACCUUCGGCAUGAUGCCCAUCCGCGACCCCGAGAUGAUCCACAUCAACUCGUCGCCGGAGGCUCCGCCACCAAGGAUUCGCAUUCUGGACACACGACAGCGCGAGGUGGAGACUGUGCGCAUCGGAGAUCGCCUCAACUUCCGCAUCGAGAUCCCCGAAGACACUCCCUAUGGCAUCUUCGCCCGGUCUUGUGUGGCCAUGGCCAAGGACGCCCGGACCAGCUUCAAGAUCAUCGACGACGAUGGCUGCCCCACCGAUCCGACCAUCUUCCCCGGCUUCACCGCCGACGGCAAUGCCCUGCAGUCCACAUACGAGGCAUUCCGGUUCACCGAGAGCUACGGCGUCAUCUUCCAGUGCAAUGUCAAGUACUGUCUGGGUCCCUGUGAGCCGGCUGUGUGCGAAUGGAACAUGGAGUCAUUCGAAUCGCUGGGCAGGAGGCGUCGUCGUUCCAUCGAGAGCAAUGAGACCAAGAGCGAGGACGACAUGAACAUCUCGCAGGAGAUUCUGGUCCUGGACUUUGGCGAUGAGAAGCGCGAGUUCUUCAAGGCAGAUCCCAGCACGGACUUUGCCAAGGACAAAACGGUCACCAUCAUCGAGCCCUGCCCCACGAAGACAUCGGUGCUGGCCCUCGCGGUCACCUGUGCGCUGAUGAUCCUGCUCUACAUCUCCACCUUGUUCUGCUAUUACAUGAAGAAGUGGAUGCAGCCCCACAAGAUCGUAGCAUAAGUGAGGAACGAGUGGAAAAUGAAAUAGAAGCAAGAAGAAGCAGAAGCAGUAGAACGAAAGAAUCGAAACAAGAAAACAAGAAAGAAAGAAAG